AUGAUUAAUUCAUCGUGGAUAAAAUCAAAGUUGAGAGACGGUUUGCUCCAUGAUGUUGCCUCUGUCACGUCUUUUUGGACGCCCGAAUCUCUACACACUCGUCGCAAAGCGUCGGUGCUUGUUCCUCUUUUCGAAAGCGAAGAAACGGUGAACGUUCUUCUGACGAAGCGUUCCAUGCGUUUGUCGUCUCACAAAGGCGAGGUAUGCUUUCCUGGAGGAAAAGCGGACGAUUCGGAUAAAGACGAGACCGACACGGCACUCAGAGAGGCAAACGAAGAAGUGGGACUGACGUCAGAUGUUUGUGACGUCAUAAAUCAACUUCCGGCGACAGUGUCAAAACAUGGAUUAUUGGUGACGCCGGUUGUAGCUCUAAUUCCGAGUGAUUUUGAACCUGUUCUAAACAAGGAGGAAGUAGAGACAGCUUUUGCUGUACCACUCGAGAGAUUCCUCCAAUCAGAAGGUCACACGUCAUUCAUUGUACCAUACAAAGAUGGACACUUUCUCAUGCACUCGUUUGACUACCAGCCACCUGAACGACACGAAUCGUUCUCAGUCUUUGGCCUAACUGGAUACAUUUGCCUGGUUCUUGCCAUUGUGGUGUUCAGGAGGAUGCCUGAGUUUUCAUUGGACGAAAUGGAUUCUGAGAAAAAAAUAGACACGAGACUUAGACGGAUACUAGAGACUCACGUGGCUCAACAGAGUCAACUGUAA